AUGAAGUUCCUCAUUGACGACCUUCCGAUAAUUUUCCCUUAUGACCGAAUAUAUCCAGAGCAAUACCAGUACAUGUGCGAUCUCAAGCGCACGCUGGACGCUUCCGGGCACUGCGUUCUUGAGAUGCCGUCGGGUACGGGAAAGACGGUAUCACUUUUGUCGUUGAUUGUGUCUUACCAGCAGUUCUACCCGACAAAACGGAAGUUAAUCUACUGUUCCCGUACGGUUCCGGAGAUUGAGAAGGCUUUGGCGGAGCUGAAACGCCUUAUGGAGUAUCGAAUACAGCAUGCAGAAACAGAAGAGGAAAGGCAAAAAGAGCGGGCAUUCACCGGUGUGGGACUUACAAGUCGGAAAAACCUAUGCCUUCAUCCCGAGGUAUCCAAGGAAAGGAAGGGUGUGGUGGUGGAUGCCCGAUGCAGGGACUUAACGUCUGCAUUCACGAUGGAGAGAGCACGGAACAACCCAGGAUCCGUACCAACCUGUUCUUUUCACGACGAACUGGAGGCGUUUGAACCAGGAAAUUUAAUUCCACCAGGAAUUCACACGCUUGCGGAUGUUCUGCAGUACGGUCGCGACAAGGGAGUUUGCCCUUAUUUUACCGUUCGAAGAAUGAUGGCCUUCGUCGACGUCAUAAUCUAUUCUUUCCACUAUCUUCUUGAUCCCAAAGUCGCGGAACAGGUAUCCAAGGACAUAUCCAAAGACGCUAUCGUAGUAUUUGAUGAAGCCCAUAAUAUUGAUAACGUCUGCCUUGAAUCCUUGAGCAUUGACCUAACUCGACCCAUGCUUGAUUCUGCCGCUAGAAGCGUAACGAGGCUCGGCGACAAGAUAGAAGAAAUCAAGAUUACCGAUGCCUCGCGGUUGCAAGACGAAUAUGCGAAGCUCGUGGAAGGUUUGCAAGAAGCAGACGAAGCACGACAGGAAGAUGCCAUCAUGGCAAACCCAGUUUUGCCUGAUGACCUGCUGAAAGAAGCCGUUCCCGGGAACAUCAGGAAGGCGGAGCAUUUCGUCGCGUUUUUGAAACGCUUCGUUGAAUAUUUGAAGACCCGCAUGCGUGUACUCCACGUUGUUGCGGAGACUCCGUUGUCCUUCCUUCAACAUUUGAAAGACAUUACUUUCAUUGAACGACGACCUUUACGAUUCUGCGCAGAGCGUCUUCAAUCCCUCGUACGCACGUUGGAGCUGACUAAUCUUGAUGAAUAUGCUUCUCUACAGAAGGUCGCGAACUUCGCCACUUUAGUAGCCACUUACGAAAAAGGUUUUUUGCUUAUUUUGGAGCCGUUUGAGACGGACAAUGCAACUGUUCCCAAUCCUAUAUUUCAUUUUACCUGUUUGGAUCCAUCUUUAGCCAUCGCUCCGGUAUUUGAGCGAUUUAGUAGUGUUGUCAUCACUUCUGGGACGAUCUCGCCUCUCGACAUGUAUCCAAAAAUGCUACAAUUUACUCCUGUAGUCCAGGAGACAUAUGCGAUGACUCUAACCCGUAACUCGUUCCUACCUCUUGUUAUAACACGCGGCAGCGACCAAGUAGCUAUAAGUUCUCGUUUCGAGGUGCGGAACGAUCCCGCCGUUGUCCGGAACUUUGGAGCCAUUCUUGUGGAAUACAGUAAAAUAGUCCCAGAUGGCAUCGCCGCCUUUUUCCCGAGCUAUUUGUACAUGGAAUCGAUAGUUGCCGCGUGGAAUGACAUGGGGAUUUUGAACGAAGUGUGGAAGCACAAGCUCAUCUUUGUGGAAACGCCAGAUGCAAAUGAGACGAGCAUAGCUCUAGAAAAUUAUAGAAGAGCAUGUAACAACGGCCGGGGAGCCGUGCUGCUUUCUGUGGCCCGUGGAAAGGUUUCGGAAGGCAUCGAUUUCGACCACAACUACGGUCGAGCUGUCAUUAUUGUCCCCUACCAAUACACCGAGAGCCGGAUACUGAAGGCUCGGCUGGAGUAUCUGCGUGACGCGUACCGGAUACGGGAAUCAGAGUUCCUCGGUUUCGAUGCCAUGCGGAAUGCUGCGCAGUGUGUCGGCCGUGUUCUGCGAGGGAAAACCGACUGGGGAUUGAUGGUGUUUGCUGAUAAGCGUUUUGCUCGAGCGGAUAAACGUGCAAAACUUCCGCGUUGGAUUAAUCAGUACAUCACUGAGACGGCCGCUAAUCUAUCGACAGAUAUGGCGCUCGUCCUGUCUAAGUUGUUUAUGCGACAGAUAUCGCAGACGCAUGCAGAGGAUCAGACGGGCAUUUCUCUUUGGACGUUGGCGGACAUUGAAAAGGCUCAGGCUAAGCAGCGUGCCCUUGAACUCGAGCAGGAAAAGGCAGGCGGGUUGGACGAAAGGAACGCCAUACCCGCCCCAAUGGAAGUCGACGAUGAGUACGGGACUGGCGGUUUAGACGAUCAGACCCUUGGAGAGGUAGAUAUCGACGUAUAA